GGAGAGGAGGACGGCGGCGAGAAGAUGGCGACUUCGAACAAUCCGCGGAAAUUCAGCGAGAAGAUCGCGCUGCACAACCAGAAGCAGGCGGAGGAGACGGCGGCCUUCGAGGAGGUCAUGAAGGACCUGAGCCUGACGCGGGCCGCGCGGCUCCAGCUCCAGAAGUCGCAGUACCUGCAGCUGGGCCCCAGCCGCGGCCAGUACUACGGCGGCUCCCUGCCCAACGUGAACCAGAUCGGCAGCGGCGCCAUGGACCUGCCCUUCCAGCCCAGCGGAUUUCUGGGGGAGGCCCUGGCAGCGGCUCCUGUCUCUCUGACGCCCUUCCAGUCCUCGGGCCUGGACACCAGCCGGACCACCCGGCACCACGGGCUGGUGGACAGAGUGUACCGGGAGCGCGGCCGGCUCGGCUCCCCGCACCGCCGGCCCCUGUCUGUGGACAAACACGGACGGCAGGCCGACAGCUGCCCCUACGGCGCCGUGUACCUCUCCCCGCCCGCGGACACCAGCUGGAGAAGGACCAAUUCUGACUCCGCCCUGCACCAGAGCACAAUGGCGCCCACCCAGCCUGAGUCCUUCACGGGCGGGUCCCAGGACGCACACCAGAAAAGAGUCCUACUGUUAACGGUCCCGGGAAUGGAAGAGACCACGUCCGAGGCAGACAAAACCCUCUCCAAGCAAGCGUGGGACGCCAAGAAGCAGACGGGGUCCAGGCCCAAGUCCUGCGAGGUCCCCGGAAUCAACAUCUUCCCGUCUGCGGACCAGGAGAGCACGGCGGCCCUGAUCCCCGCCACGCACAACACGGGGGGCUCCCUGCCCGACCUGACCAACAUCCACUUCCCGUCCCCGCUGCCCACCCCGCUGGACCCCGAGGAGCCGCCCUUCCCCGCGCUGAGCAGCUCCGGCAGCACCGGCAACCUGGCGGCCACGCUCACGCACCUGGGCAUCGGCGGCGCCGGCCAGGGGAUGAGCACGCCCGGCUCCUCGCCCCAGCACCGCCCGGCCGGCGUCAGCCCCCUGUCCCUGAGCACAGAGGCACGGCGGCAGCAGACGUCACCCACCCUGUCCCCGCUGUCACCCAUCACUCAGGCGGUAGCCAUGGACGCCCUGUCUCUGGAGCAGCAGCUGCCCUACGCCUUCUUCGCCCAGGCCGGCUCCCAGCCGCCGCCCCAGCCCCAGCCCCCGCCGCCACCGCCACCGCCCGCGUCCCAGCCGCCGCCGCCAGCCCCGCAGGCCCCCGUCCACCUGCCCCCGGGUGGCCCCCUGCUGCCGAGCGCCAGCCUGACGCGGGGGCCACAGCCACCCCCGCUCGCGGUCACGGUCCCGUCCUCUCUCCCCCAGUCCCCCGCGGAGAGCCCGGGCCAGCCGCCGAUGGGCAUCGACAUCGCCUCGGCACCGGCGCUGCAGCAGUACCGCACGAGCGCCGGCUCCCCGGCCAACCAGUCUCCCACCUCGCCAGUCUCCAAUCAAGGCUUCUCCCCCGGGAGCUCCCCACAACACUCCACCCUGGGCAGCGUGUUCGGGGACGCGUACUACGAGCAGCAGAUGGCGGCCAGGCAGGCCAAUGCCCUGUCCCACCAGCUGGAGCAGUUCAACAUGAUGGAGAACGCCAUCAGCUCCAGCAGCCUGUACAGCCCCGGCUCCACCCUCAACUACUCGCAGGCGGCCAUGAUGGGCCUCACGGGCAGCCACGGCAGCCUGGCGGACGCGCAGCAGCUGGGCUACCCUGGCCACGGCGGCAUCCCCAACAUCAUCCUCACAGUGACGGGAGAGUCCCCCCCCAGCCUCUCCAAAGAGCUGACCAGCUCCCUGGCGGGCGUCGGGGACGUCAGCUUCGACUCGGACAGCCAGUUCCCGCUGGACGAGCUCAAGAUCGACCCCCUGACCCUGGACGGACUGCACAUGCUCAAUGACCCCGACAUGGUCCUGGCCGACCCGGCCACCGAGGACACCUUCCGGAUGGACCGUCUGUGAGCGGGCACGCCCGGCACCCCGCCGCCGCCCGGCGGCCCCCACGGCGCCCCCAGCCCGGGGACGGCCGCGCUCGCCCCUCGCCACGGCCGAGCUUGUGAUUCUGAGCUUGCAAACGCCCAGCGCCCCCGCCAGCCGCCCGCCGCCCGGCCUCCCGCCGCCCGCCCGCCCGAGCCAGCCGGGCUGGGAUCCAUGGAUCGGAGGCUGUGAGCCCCCCGCCCCCCAAGACCCUCCCCGCGCCGCCGGCUCCUGCUCAGCCCCCCGCGGGGCGGCGGCGGGCGCGGGGCGGGGCACGCACGGUCCGAGGUGCGUUUUCCGACUGUUGUCCAGCUCUCACUGCCUUUCUCGGUCCCCCCCGUCCCCCGCCACCCCAGCCCGCGGUCAGGCAGAGAGCGACCCGGCCCUGCCCGGGGCGUAGGCGCCAGAGGAGCGAGGGGUGGUCGCAAAGCGAAAUAAACACUGUUUUGACGGC